AUUUUUCAACGAUAUUAAGUGUUAUUAAUUGGUUCGAGAAAUGAUCACGACCGAAAUGGAACCGGAAGUGAAGAUGAACGCAAUGUCGAACGUGGAACGUUUCUGUAUCGAACAGAAAAAGAAAUGCAACGGAUUGAUGACUGAGUAUCGAAACGUAACAUCACAAAACGCAACGUUACAAUUUCGACACUGUCCGCCACAUUUCGACGGUUUACUUUGCUGGUCGUACACCGAGGCCUCGACUACCGCUAUUUUGCCCUGUCCCUCCGAGACCGACCUGAUGUACCAGUUAAACUCCGCGACGAAUACUUUGGAGUCGAAUGUCCGCGUUACAGCGACGGCCACGAAAGUUUGUCUCGCAAAUGGCCAAUGGUACACAAAUCCUAACGAUAUUCCCGAGAGUAAUUACAGUUUGUGCGAGUUGUCGAAUGAAUUCACCGCUCGUUACUUCAUGAGAAAUGGGACGAGCAGCAAUUCUGAAGACUACGGGAACUUUGAAUCUUUGCUGUUGGCUGAAUGGUUGCCCAUCGUCAGAAUCGUCUCUCAGAUUGGUUACACCACGUCCUUCACUAUGCUGGUUAUCGUGAUGAUCAUUUUCUCUCUACUCAGAAAACUCAGAAAUCCAAGAAACAGACUGCACAUGCAUUUGUUCGCUUCUUUCAUAAUGAGAGCGUUUAUGGCGCUGAUCAGGGAUUGGAUCUUCGUCGAUGGUAUCAGACGGACGGUGGAUGUCGUCUACCUCGACGAGAAGAACGCUUUCAUCAAGCAACGAAACUUUCAGACGAUGAUUUGCAAAGUUAUUACCAGUGCGUGGCAGUAUUUCAUCGUUGCUAAUUACUCUUGGAUCCUGAUGGAGGGUUUGUACCUCCAUAAUCUGGUCGUUUGGGCAUUUUGCGCGGAUAGUACGGCCAUUAAUCUGUAUGUUUUAAUGGGCUGGGGAUUGCCUGUUUUCGUGGUCGUUCCUUGGAUAAUAAUACGAGCAACGAUCGAAGACACACAUUGUUGGACCACCCACAGCAAUCCUUCUUUAUUUCUGCCCAUAAGGAUUCCCAUUGAAAUAUCAAUUUUGUUCAACUUUCUGCUGUUCCUCAACAUAGUACGCGUCCUGUUCAUCAAGUUUAAAACAUCGGUUCACUUGCAACGAAAAAAGAUGCAAUACAGUAGGUGGGCCAAAUCUACUUUGGUACUGAUACCCUUAUUCAGCGCUCACUAUACUAUAUUCCUGGGCCUCUACUACAACAAUGAUAAUCGCGUGGAACUCGUUUGGCUCUUCUGCGAUCAGUUCUUCGUUUCUUUUCAAGGUUCUUUCGUGGCUCUGCUUUACUGUCUGCUGAACAUCGAGGUUAGAACGGAGAUAAAACGAGCCUGGAGGACAAGAUGGUCGAAGAAACUGAACAUCUGCGUGCCCACGUCGCGAGAUUUAAAAAGAAGGAGAACCACUCGCAGACAACUGAACGAUUAUGAUCAUCCAACAGCCACUGGUUCUACUGUGAGAAACGCAUUACGAUUGAACGAUUAUUGGCCAAACGUGCUGGAAAUAGAGGCGAGAUAGAAAGAGCUGUAACAGGAAAUUUUUUUAGAAUAUUUCGUGUCCACAAAGGUUUCAGCUUUCUGUGUAUUUCAUUUGUUUCUAUUAUAUAUCUGUGGUGGUAGGUCGAAUUAAUUAGUCUCAUUCUAUAGUGAAAUUCGAAAUUUUCCAGUUGGGAAGCGUUUUACGCAAUUUCGAUUCUUUCUCCAUUUUUAUGGUCAGAUUAGUUAAAACACGGAAACGUAGAAAAGCUAGAAAGAGCUUCAACGAGAAACCAUUUUAUAUUUGUGAAGGAUCUUCUGUGUAUUUCAUUUGUUUUUAAACCUUUAGUAGCUUGAUGUUCUAUGUAUAAUAACUAGCU